AUGAGCAAAUUGUAUUGUAACCAGUUUUCGCAAUUUUUGCCCAUAUUCACCGAACUUGAAGAUCUUCGUUCGACUUGUAUCGCCAACUGUGUCUUUAACGUUUUUCUUACUUACACCGCCUUCAUGUUCAAUAUUGUGGCAUUCUACGCCAUACAAAAAGCUUCAACGAUGCCAAAAACUUUGAAAACUCUGCUGUUAAGUCUUGCCUGCUCGGAUGUUGCUGUUGGUUUGUUUAGUCAACCACUAUACACUUUCUUUCUCAUCAACUGGCUUCGACUACACAAUCCUGGCUGUAACACUCAACAAGUGCGGACGAUCUUCAGUGGUAUAUUUUUAGCUGCCUCGUUCCUUGGUGUUGUGGCUGUAAGUAUAGACAGGUUCUUAGCCGUUCAUCUUCAUCUCAGAUACCAGGAGCUUGUGACUCCCAUGCGUGUUGUUGUUUUGCUGAUCAGUUUAUGGCUGUACAGUGCAUUUGUUAAUUUGAUGAAAUUGUGGGGGCAUUUUAAUAUAAUCGACGGCUUAAAUUUCAGGAUUAUCCGUUAUGAUUACUUGGUGAUUUAA